AUGGAGGUCAAGAUGAAAGGCUGGCCUCAAGCUACACUCCUCUAUCUCACGGUCAUUCUCUGCUUCUUUGCUGGCUUCCUCAAUGCUGGUCCUCUUCAAGGCACUCACCGCACCAAAGGCCACCACUCUGUUGUCAGCAGCUGGCAUCACACACCCACCUCUCACCAUGGCUAUCACGCUCCCACCCUGACUGCUUCCAAGGAGGUGUCAGUUCGUCCCUCACAUGACAUAGUCCCCUCUCACUCAUCGGUCAACACUUUGUCCACUCUCGAGCGUCGAGACUCAGACCCAGAAAAGAUCCAUCACAACUAUGCAAUAGUCUGCGGUGACAAAGAUUACACCGGCUUGUGCCGAUCCUUUGGUUACUCUUGCAACUCCAAGGGCAAGGUUACGUACACAGAGAAGAUCUCAUUCUGCGACAUCUGCAGAUGCCAGAAUCUCCUACCUGCGCCCAACAACUGUAUACUUCACAAAGCGAUCAAACAGUGUUCAGGUAAAACCAACAUGGUUGUGAAUGCCACAACCGGUGGGCUCCCUGGCAAUGGUUCCGAUCUCACAACCGGUGGUCUCCCUGGCAAUGGCUCCGAUCUCACAACCGGUGGGCUCCCUGGCAAUGUUUCCGAUCUAGAGCGUCGAGACGUAGACCCAGACAAGGUCCAUCACAACUAUGCACUAGUCUGCGAUGACAAAGAUUGGACCAGCUUGUGCCGAUCUAUCGGUUACUCUUGCAGCUCCUCGGGCAGGGUUACGUACACACAGAAGGCCUCUUUCUGCGACGACAUCUGCAGAUGCCAGAAUCUCCUACCUGCGCCAAAGAACUGUAUAGUUCACAACGCCAUCAAACAAUGUUCAGGUGUAACCAACAUGGUUGUGAAUGCCACAACCGGUGGGCUCCCUGGCAAUGGCUCCGGUCUAGCGCGUCGAGACGCAGAUGCAGACAAGGCCCACCACAACUAUGCCCUGGUCUGCGAUGACAGAGAAUGGACCACUAUGUGUCAAUCUAUCGGUUACUCUUGCAGCUCCUCGGGUAAGGUUAUGUACAAAUCGAAGGAUAUUUUGUGCGACGACAUUUGCAAAUGCCAGAAUCUCCUACCUGGGCCACAGUCCUGUCUGGUCAACAAAGCUAUCAAACAGUGUUCAGUUGUUGAUAACAUGGUUUUGAAUGCCACAACCGGUGGGCUCCUUGGUAAUGUCUCCGACGCGAGCAUUCUUCCCAAUGGCACCCUGGACCUUACCACAGCAAUUGCAAAGCGUGAUACGGGACUCAGCCAUGACCAAGCACUAGUCUGUUACGACCGUACUCUUACAGGGUUGUGUCAGGCCUCAGCACAUGGCUAUUACUGCAAUGCAUUAGGAAAGGUGCAGCACAAAGGCCAGGCUGAAACAGCUUGCGAGGACCACUGCACUUGUGUCAACAUCAACCCGAAACCGUGCAUCCUUCUUGAAGUCAAGUAUGUACCUUGCGGAGUCAAACAUGAUACGGUCUUUGACACGGUCAAUGGUACUGUCAUCGGCAACCUCUCGGACGCCCAAGUCCUCGCCAAUGGCAGUCUGAGUUUUACGUCCACCAAAGCACUUGCGAAGCGUCACAACUACGGGCUGAUAUGCCAAGACCGCGAGAACACCGCUCGGUGCGGUUCGAAGGCCCAGUAUUACUGCACUUCGAAGGGUGCUUUGAACAACAAAGGCGCCAUUAAUGCCUGGUGCGAAGAAAACUGUUUCUGUUGGGAUAUCGCGCCAUCAAUUCAGUGCUUUCCAAAUGCAGCCCUUCUCACUACAUGCCUGACCAAAGGCAAGAUGGUCUACACUGAGAAUGGAACCUUCCUGGGAGAGGUUAGCGAUGCAUAUACCUACCCUAAUGGUACAUUGGACUUCCGCAAAGUGGUUACGAGAGAUUUGGCCGCGGUAUCAGCCGACCCAUACCAUAUCAUAUGCAAGUCGCCGCAGCAGCCCACUCAAGUAUAUCCUGCUGGCGGACUGCUGUUUGACAAGAACCUGACCACAUUCUGCGCGACCCAUGGCUACUCAUGCACUAGCGAUCCAGGACGCGCAUCUUCGACCUUGACCUUACAGCCUGGCUCGGAGGACAUCAAGGCAUGCGAUAACGCUUGUGAGUGCCCCUCGCCAACUUGGAAGCGUCAAGGAAGCGAGUUUGAUGUAGCACCGACUCCACCGAAGAAGCCCUCCCCAACACCCAGCUUGACCAUUCAGGACAUUCUACUUUACUGCGAUUCGAACGAUGGGAUUGUCAAAGGUAAAUGGUCAUUCAAUUGGACUUUGACCGAGUACUGCAAGAAUCAGGGCUAUAGUUGUGCCAUUGAGCCUGGGCCGGCUUAUGUCUUGCAGCGUCCCAAGGAUGUCGUUGCUAUUUGCCAAGCUGGUUGCGCUUGUCCGCCAUCAAAACCCCUUGUGUCUGCUAUUCCAUUGCGGCAGAAGCCAAGAGCCCGUGCAGAGCGCAGAAGUAAUGGCAUCGCGACUGUCCCAUCUCCCUUUGGGAUGACCUGUUCUUCGUCGCCCGGCAGCUCCGAUGAAUCACUUACCGACCACUGCCGAGAGGAAGGCUAUUCAUGCGUUGCACAGACGGAUACUGUUCUACGAACUCUUGUUCACAGUGGUACCGACGUUCCUGAAUGCACUCACAGCUGCCGAUGCCCAAGUCCUUUCGAGCAACAUUCAAGACAAAUGGAAAUGUCUGCGACUGAAGAUGAGAGUCCAGACUCUACAGCCGUUGCCCCUCCAAGUGGUGUUCCAAGCCAAUCCUCCAGUCCUUUCGCUCUCAACUGCGGCAAUGUCCCGGACGGUCCUAGCUUCUGCCAGCAAUCGGAUCUGGGAUAUUUCUGUGGUUACAACAUGACGGUUAUGCGGACUUCCACCGUACAAAAUCAAGGUGUGACUUGGUGCGACUAUUACUGCAGCUGUAUCUUCAAGCAUCCUGUCCCUUGCGUCAACGAAUGGAACAUUCCUCUAUGUCGUGAGCUGCCGGAUGGAACUAUUCGGGAUGCCUCGAACACAACGGUUGUCCUUGGAUAUAUUGAGGAUGCGGUCAUACUGCCCAACAAUUCCAUCUUGCUGGAUCGUGGCCAGGCUGGAGGCUUUCCGUUUGUCGCUGCCUCUGCGUCGCAUCAUGGACAUUGGCAUGGCUCCAACGAUACCAGUCAAGGACAUAGGCCUGGCCACAAUGGUACCAGCCAAGGACAUAGGCCCGGCCACAAUGGUACCAGCCAAGGACAUAGGCCCGGCCACAAUGGUACCGGUCAUGAUUCAGGAGAUUCGCCACGUUGGACGGACUGGCCUAUGAAUGGCACUGCAAACGGGCGGUGGAAUAGAACUGGCCGAGCUGAUGAGUGA